AUGGCCACUGUUGGUGCAAUAUACUCCAUGUUCCUUGAUGCAUUGAAAUUUGACGCAACCCGCUUCAAAAGAACGGCAAAAGAUAGCGUGAAAAUUGGUCUGGUCGGCUGCAUCUUACCUUCCGUAGUUACCUCAACCCUCCUCCUCCUGCUAGGCCUAGGGGGCGCCAUUCAUGGACUCGGGCCAGCUCCUGCAGGAACAUUUUAUCUCACUAUUACCUUUUCUUUAACUUUUUUUCCUGUGGUAGCUCAGGCCAUGGAUGAACUCAACCUUAUGACCUCUGAAUUGGGCCAAUUUGCCAUGUCCUCUGCCAUCCUCAACGAUGUGAUCUUCUGGUUCCUCAUUGCAUUGCAUCUCAUAUUCACGAAACCAGACGCAACCUAUCGCAUUGAGAGUUUUAUUUCCGUCUUUGGGUUGAUAUUAUUCACUGUCUACGUCAUACGCGCAAUUAUGCUGUCGAUUGUCAAGAACAUCCCCCAAGGACAAGAAGCCAAGGAAGUUCAUGUAGUUGCAAUACAACUUGGGGUUCUAGUCAUGGCUUUUAUCUCCAAUGCCUUAGGCACAGCGCCGUACGCGGGUGUUGUACUUCUGGGGCUAGCCAUACCCGGUGGACCACCUCUUGGUGCAGCCAUAGUCCACAAGACCGAAUAUUUGGUCUCCCAAAUUCUUAUGCCAAUGUUCUUUUUCUACGUUGGAUACAGAAUAAAUUUGUAUUCGAUUCACGAUUGGAUGAGAUUUUCCAUACUUCAGACGAUCAUUAUCAUGUCGUACGUUUCAAAGAUUGUGGCAGUUGUAGCGGCUGCAAUGUGGUGCAAAAUCGGGUUUAAAAAUGGUCGAAGGCUCAGCAUGGCCAUGAGCGUCAAGGGUAUAAUAGCGAUUAUUUCUUAUUCUCGAUGGAGGACCGUAAAGCUCAUAGAUGAACAAGCUUUUACUCAAAUAGUGUUGUCUAUGCUGGGGAUGACCAUGAUUGCAACACCAUUGCUACGAUUCUCAUACAACCCUAAAAUCCGACUCGGAGCAUCAACCAAACGUCCCCGCUUCAGAAGCAUCCAAUCAAUACCAAGCAACUUCGAAACAUUUCGCAUUCUUUGUUGCUUUCACAACCAAGAAAGCAUCCGCAACCUUAUUACCCUCCUGGAAGCCUUAUACCCGACGCUAGCAAGCCCCAUCUGCGCCUACGUGGUCCAUGCAGUGGAGCUGAUCGGGCGUGCGGCGCCACUACUAGUCCCUCACAAUAAAUUAAAGCACACAAAUACACCGACCCAUCAAAUGAUUCAAGCCUUUGAGAAUUACUCAGACAACUCCGAGGGACUGGUCACGAUCCAUGCUUACGAUAUGAUCGCUCCUUACAAAAGCAUGCACGACACAAUAAUCCGUCUUGCACAAGACAAGGUCGUUCCUCUGAUUAUCUUACCAUUCCAUGAUCACCAGGGUACGGUUGACCUCACUUUGAUUGCCUCCAUACGCCAAUUCAACAUCAAUGUGCAAACAAAUUCCCCAUGUACAGUGGGAAUACUUGUUGACAGAGACUUGUCUAGUCGGCUGAGAUUGACAAGCUCUUCCUUCAAUGUAGCGGUGAUUUUCAUUGGUGGAGCAGAUGACCGUGAGGCGUUGGCCCACGCAGCACGAAUAUCUGGCAAUCCUACCGUGGGUAUGACGGUGUUCAGGAUAAUCUUGCGGGGCGAUUAUGAUCUUGUCAUGGUAGGGCGACGGCACGUGGAGAUGUCGCUGAGGGAUGAAGAAAUGGCGGUAUUCAUGGAGCAUCCAGAGCUGGGAGUUGUCGGUGACAUGCUGUCUUCUUUAGAUAUCUGUGAUGGGAUGGUGAAUGUGUUGGUCAUGCAAGAACGCAGAGGCUUAGGCUGUGGAGCUUUUCGUAGUGACUCUGCUAGGGUUUCAUAG